AUGAACUCUCAUUUACCGCCCGUUCAUGUCGAAGUGUGUCUGAAGCCACAAAGUACUGCAAAGAGUAAAUUAAUUAAAGAGGCUGUUUUGGAGCUCAUCAUCAAUAGGAGGCCCAUCAUUCAAGAUGGAAUCAUUCCAAUCGUUGUUUCCGAGAGCCAGAGACUUUCCGAAAAGGAGGAAUUUCUGGUCAAACAUGUCAAACAAAUUAAAAUUGCUGACAUGGAACAACAUCCAAUGUAUAAUGGUCCUUUAUUGUACAACCAAGAUGCACAAUUUUCAAUUCAUGUCUUCAAAUCCACUGAUGAAGAGCCUAUUGAAGAAACAACAGAUGACAAUGGAACAGAGAAUGAAGAAAUUUCUGCGUGUAAACAAUGGACCCUUCCAAAUGAUUCAUUUGAUGGUCUUUGGGAAAGUUUAAUUUUCGACAACCAUGUAAAGUAUAACUUGUUGGAAUAUGCCUCAACGACCAUGCGAUUUUCUGAUUUGGGUGUGGAUCAAAAUUUAAUUAGUUGGAAUCGAGUAGUAUUGCUCUAUGGACCUCCUGGAACUGGUAAAACCUCGUUGUGUAAAGGUCUUGCACAAAAACUUGCCAUACGAAUGUCACACAGAUAUCCAUCAGGGGGUUUAUUAAUUGAAAUCAAUGCUCACAGCUUAUUCUCCAAAUGGUUCAGUGAAAGCGGCAAGCUAGUCAUGAAAUUAUUCAAGAAAAUAUUUGAAAUUGUGGAAGAUGAGGAAUCAUUUGUUUGUGUUCUCAUUGAUGAAGUCGAAUCCUUAACUGCAGCUCGAAAAAGCGCACUCUCAGGCUCUGAACCUUCGGACAGUAUUCGAGUUGUAAACGCACUCCUCACCCAAUUAGAUCAUUUGAAACGAUACAAAAACGUACUAAUUUUAACAACCUCAAAUAUUACAGAGGCCAUUGAUUUAGCAUUUGUCGAUAGAGCCGACAUCAAACAAUAUAUUGGACCACCUUCCGUUCAAGGAAGAUAUUCCAUUCUAAGAUCAUGUCUAAUGGAAUUGAUGCGUGUUUCUGUUAUUUCACCUUCUAUACCAAUACCGAAAUGGAAUGACAAAGACGCUCCAGAAAAUACCUAUGCUCUCAAACUCAAACAACUUUCAGAAUGUUGUGAGGAAGGCAUGAGUGGUAGAUCACUUCGAAAAUUACCCUUCCUGUCACAUGCCUUUUAUUUGAAUCACAUUUCGAAUGCAGUGACUUUGGAACAAUACUUGUUGGCAAUUGAGACGGCUUUGAAAAACAAGGUGUUGCAACUCAGUGGCCAAGACUCUAGAGAAAAUUACAUGUCGGAAAUGAAUCCUUUGGAAGCUCAACGACAAGUCAACAAUUUGAAAUAUUUCGAAAUGAAAGAUAUUGGCUCUUCGAAAUGGAUGAAACAACGUGAAGUGAUCAACAUGUUAAAUAUUCAGGCUCAUCAAAAUGCUGCUCUCAACCAAGAUGAAUAUGUUGCCCAAAGCAUAAUUUCCUCUCAAAAAGUGGAAAUUCUCAUUAAAGAGCUCAUCACUGUCGAAAUUUGGAAAAACAAAGUGGCACCGCUCAUUAAGGAAGAAUUGGCAAGUGCAGCAAAACAAUCCAUCAAACCUUAUUUAAUUUAUUAUCAUGAGGCAACAUUGGUUAAUUUGUUGGAAUGUGUCAUGUAUCAUAAGGAUGCCAUCAUUUAUUGUGAGGAAUCCAUUCUCAUUGAACUUGUAGAUUAUUGCCAACGAAAAUUCAAUACUCUUAUUCAUAACAAAAAAUUGCAAGAGCGUCACGAUCAAAAGGAAAUUUUGAAAUUAUCAGACGAUGAAAUUUGGCAGGAUCAAAUGCUAGAAAUUGAAUUCAACUGUUGCAUGUAUUCCCUCACAAUAUUUAGAUUCAUCACAGACAAUCUCAAAGAAAUAUCUCCAAGUGUGGUACAUCGAAUUUUAGAAAAACACGACUCUCCAAUUGCAUUAGCGUACAUUAUUGAGGAUUCACCUUUCAAAAGGAAGGAAAAGUCUGGAUUCAAAAAGUACAAUGGAAACAAAUGGGAAACUGUUUCGUUUGACGAAUAUUUGAAAGUGUCACAAUAUGAAGCACAAGUGUGGCUUGCCCUAAAUAAUUUGUUAGUAGAUCCAGAAACAAGAAACAAGUACGAGUAUACAACCUUUAGAAGGGAAACAGUUGUUGGGCUCAAGAAACAUCUCACAGACGUUCUGAUUGACCAAAUACCAGUCCUUGUGGAUUUGUUGAGAAAUGUUGAGAAUUUGCAAAUCAUGAAUUUACCUGUCGUCUCGAAGAAUAUCUUCCUGGUGGAAGCAGUGGCAGAAUUUAGUGAAGCUAUUCUCAACGGUACAGAUUUUGAGAAGAUUGCCCAAGACCACUUGCUCACCAUUUGCAACACGGAAGAUGACGAAGCACGAAGAGAGGAGAUUAUGUCCAUGGCAAAAAUGUUCGGCAACAUGCUAGAUUUGAUGGGAGAGAAUGCAGACUACGAACAAUUAAAGCUUUAA